CCUCGUUCCGGGCCCCAAGCUGCCGGAACCGGAAAUAGCGCCCGGCGCCGACAAGACUGCAGUAACUGCCAUCGCGAUGCCGAAGGGACCCAAGCAGCAGCCGCCGGAGCCCGAGUGGAUCGGGGACGGAGAGACCACGAGCCCCACAGACAAAGUGGUGAAGAAAGGGAAGAAGGACAGGAAGACCAAAAAGACGUUCUUCGAAGAGCUGGCAGUAGAAGACAGACAAGCUGGGGAAGAAAAGAAAGUGCUCAAGGAGAAGGAGCAGCAACAGCAGCAGCAGCAGCAGCAGCAGCAAAAAAAGAAGCGAGAUGCUCGAAAAAGCCGUCGGAAAAAGGAUGUGGAUGAUGACGGAGAGGAGAAGGAGCUCAUGGAGCGUCUUAAGAAGCUCUCAGUGCCGGCCAGUGAUGAGGAGGAUGAGGUACCUGCCCCAGUACCCCGAGGAGGGAAGAAAACCAAGGGUGGUAAUGUUUUUGCAGCCCUGAUUCAGGAUCAGAGUGAGGAAGAAGAGGAGGAGGAAGAAAAACAUCCUCCUAAGCCAGCCAAGCCAGAGAAAAAUCGGAUCAAUAAGGCUGUAUCUCAGGAACAACAGCCAGGGCUCAAGGGCAAAAAGGGAAAGGAGGAGAAGUCAAAGGGGAAGGCCAAGCCUCAAAAUAAAUUUGCUGCUCUGGACAAUGACGAGGAGGAGAAUGAAGAGGAAAUAACAAAAGAAGAGGAACCACCCAAGCAAGGGAAGGAGAAGGCCAAGAAGGCAGAGCAGGGCUCAGAGGAAGAAGGAGAGGAGGAGGAGGAGGAAGGGGAGUCCAAGGCUGAUGGUCCCUUUGCUCACCUUAGCAAGAAGGAGAAGAAGAAGCUAAAGAAACAGAUGGAGUAUGAGCGCCAGGUGGCUUCAUUAAAAGCAGCCAGUGCUGCUGAAAAUGACUUCUCCGUGUCGCAAGCAGAGGUGUCUUCCCGCCAGGCCAUGUUAGAAAACGCAUCUGACAUCAAGCUGGAGAAGUUCAGCAUCUCCGCCCACGGCAAGGAGCUGUUUGUCAACGCAGACCUGUACAUUGUCGCCAGCCGCCGCUAUGGGCUGGUGGGACCCAAUGGCAAGGGCAAGACCACUCUCCUCAAGCACAUCGCCAACCGAGCCCUGAGCAUCCCUCCCAACAUCGACGUGCUGCUUUGUGAACAGGAGGUGGUAGCCGAUGAGACGCCGGCCGUGCAGGCUGUUCUCCGAGCCGACACCAAGCGCUUGAAGCUGUUGGAAGAGGAGCGGCAGCUUCAGGGACAGCUGGAGCAGGGCGAUGACGCGGCUGCUGAGAGGCUCGAGAAGGUGUAUGAGGAAUUGCGGGCUACCGGGGCAGCAGCUGCAGAGGCCAAAGCCCGCCGGAUCCUGGCCGGUCUGGGCUUUGACCCUGAGAUGCAGAAUCGACCCACACAGAAGUUCUCGGGGGGCUGGCGCAUGCGCGUCUCCCUCGCCAGGGCGCUAUUCAUGGAGCCCACGCUGCUGAUGUUGGAUGAGCCCACCAACCACCUGGACCUCAACGCUGUCAUCUGGCUCAAUAACUACCUCCAAGGCUGGCGGAAGACGCUGCUCAUCGUCUCUCAUGACCAGGGCUUCCUGGAUGACGUCUGUACCGAUAUCAUCCAUCUUGAUGCCCAGCGGCUCCAUUACUACAGGGGCAAUUACAUGACCUUCAAGAAGAUGUACCAGCAGAAACAGAAGGAACUGCUGAAGCAGUAUGAGAAGCAGGAGAAAAAGCUGAAGGAGUUAAAGGCGGGCGGCAAGUCCACCAAGCAGGCGGAAAAGCAAACAAAGGAAGCCCUGACUCGAAAGCAGCAGAAGUGCCGGAGGAAAAACCAGGAUGAGGAGUCACAGGAGGCCCCUGAGCUCCUGAAGCGGCCCAGGGAGUACACCGUGCGCUUCACGUUCCCUGACCCACCGCCGCUCAGCCCUCCGGUGCUGGGCCUGCACGGUGUGACGUUUGGCUAUGAGGGGCAGAAACCACUCUUUAAGAAUCUGGAUUUUGGCAUUGACAUGGACUCAAGGAUCUGCAUCGUGGGCCCUAACGGUGUGGGGAAGAGCACCCUGCUGCUGCUGCUGACAGGCAAGCUGACGCCGACUCGUGGGGAAAUGAGGAAGAACCACCGGCUGAAAAUUGGCUUCUUCAACCAGCAGUAUGCAGAGCAGCUGCGCAUGGAGGAGACGCCCACCGAGUACUUGCAGCGGGGCUUCAACCUGCCCUACCAGGAUGCCCGCAAGUGCCUGGGCCGCUUUGGCCUGGAGAGUCACGCCCACACCAUCCAGAUCUGCAAACUCUCUGGUGGGCAGAAAGCCCGAGUUGUGUUUGCAGAGCUGUCCUGUCGGGAGCCCGAUGUCCUCAUCUUGGACGAGCCCACCAAUAACCUGGACAUCGAGUCUAUCGACGCUCUUGGGGAGGCCAUCAACGAAUACAAGGGUGCUGUGAUCGUCGUCAGCCAUGAUGCCCGACUUAUCACAGAAACCAGCUGCCAGCUGUGGGUGGUGGAGGAGCAGAGUGUUAGCCAGAUCGACGGCGACUUCGAAGACUACAAGCGGGAGGUGUUGGAGGCCCUGGGGGAAGUCAUGGUCAGCCGGCCCCGAGAGUGAGCUUCCCUUCCUGGACAUCCCCUCGUCUCCUCUCCACUCGGAAGUCUGCUCUGGUCUGCAGCUGGCGCAGUAGCUACUCGGGUACAUGAAGGCGGAGUGUGGUCUUGAUGUGACCAGGAUACCGCUUCGAUUGCUUCCUCUUCUCUGAAAGACUUGUCUGAUUGCUCUCUUCAGAUAACUGAGCUGGCCUUGUUCUUGAAAUCCCUCCGUACAAGCAGAGGUGACCUUUGUUAUGGGGUUCCAUCCAGCCAAGCUCAUGUGGCCAGUUAUCUGAGACUCUGUCCUCAGAAGCCUGCGUCUGGUCCGCCUCAAAGCUUCAGGCCCAGCUGCUGCCCUGUUCUGUGAGUGGUGCUGCUUUUUUUGGUGGAUUUAAUGCUGACCUAACUGAUACAAACAGCUGGUGCAGCUCAGAGCUGGAGGAGAGUUCUGAGGCCUGUGCUGUCACCCAGGAUUUGGUGCCUGCAGUCUCUAGUCUGGUUGGGGACUUGGGGGCAGGAAAGGAAUGCUGCUGAACUCGAAUCACCCUUUACAAGGGGAAGAAAUAAAGGAAAGGAGUUGCGCCGCCCUGUCACUGUUUGGAGAUUUCAUGGGAGCUGGAACUGUUCUUACUCUUGAUUUGCUUUGUUCAGUUUACUAGCAGCAGUUAGUAUCCUCUCUUCCCCACCAGUACAGGUGGGUCUAACUUGCAGUCUUACCGCACUUUAGGUGGUGCUCACUGUUUGAGGAGCCUCCCUCCCUUCCCACAGCCCUUCCGACAAGGACAAAGGAAAGUGAGUCAUCCCUUCCAACUAGGACACUCGGGUUUCUCACUAUCCAAGCUCCGCCCUGGUAUCAGGGACCAGAGACCUGAUCCUCCCAAAAGUUACUAAAUCAGCCAACAUGUACAGCACCGUGCAGUUUGCAAGAAGGGAAGAGACAAGGUCUGCCUUCAUGAAUAGUCUAGAGAAGACUUAGAAAGUAAGACAUGAGUGUAUAGCGUGAUACAAUUAAUUGCCAGAUGUGUGGUGCUCUAGAUUCUAAGUUGCCUUGAGCUCAUAGAAGAGAAAGAUUAUCUAGAACUUGAUUAUUUGGUGGGAUCACUUGAGAGUGGACCUUGAAAAAGUAAGGAUUUUUUUAAAAAAUUAUUUCUUUAUUGUUGGCUGCGUUGGGUCUUUGUUGCUGCGCGCAGGCUUUCACUAGUUGCAGCGAGUGGGGCUACUCUUCGUUGUGGUGUGGAGGCUUCUCAUUGCAGUGGCUUGUCUUGUUGCGGAGCACGGGCUCUAGGUGUGCAGGCUUCAGUAGUUGUGGCACAUGGGCUCAGUAGUUGUGGCUCAUGGGCUCUAGAGCGCAGGCUCAGUAGUUGUAGCACAUGGGCUUAGGUGCUCCACAGCAUGUGGGAUCUUCCCAGACCAGGGCUUGAACUGGUGUCCCCUGCAUUGGCAGGUAGAUUCUUAACAACUGCACCACUAGGGAAGUCCCAGGAUUUUAGUAGUGAGGAACAGGGAGCCAUUUUUGGAACAUAGGAAAAGAGCAGGUCUAAGGCAGAUCUAAAGAAGAAAGAACUAUUUGAGAGUUAAUGAGAGAACAUGGCUGGUGUGGCCACUUUUCUUAUUAGAGUUAGAUUGGAGAGAUGGGUUUGGAAAGUAAAACCCAAGUGGCAAGUGGUUGGUUGGUGGUGAUUUCAGGUAGUGAUGGGCUUUAGAGACUUAUGGGAUGGGCCCCAGAACUUUCGCUGUGGGGAUGAGCUAAUAAAUCCUGAAUUAGGAUACGAGAGAGAGGGAUACAAGGCAAGGACAGAUGGAAAGAGCCAGGUGUGGGAGUUGGAGAGAGGAUGGUCAGAUGUGUGCAGUUCCGGGGGAAAUAUGAAGAACCAUUUAAGAUUUCCUAAGUUGGGGUGUCUAAUUUGGGGAAGUUAUUUUCUGGCCAAAUAAUACUGGACCUCAAUUAUGAGUUUUACGCUAAAAGUGAAGGUUUGGUGUGAAGAUGAUUGAAGAGGUGCCGUUGGGUACAUCUCCAAGUUAGAUAUAAAGGAACACCCCUUAUGGAAUUUGAGGGAAAAGCAUCAGGGUCUUGUGCCAAGUAAGAUGUUACAUGUGAAAGUAUUCUCCACAAUUCCACAAAGUCGGUGUGUCGUAGAACAGUGGGAGCAGGCUUCAAGUCCACUACUAGUGGGGUGACCUUGGACUUAGCCUCUUGGUACCUGUUUCCUCAUUUGUAACAUGAAGGUGAUAAAAAGCCCCUACCUCACAAGGUUAUUAAGGGAUUAAGUAAUUAUUUGUGAAGGGCUUUAAUUUUUUUUUUUUUUUUUACUUUUGUUACAUGUAUUUCAUGUACACUCUACACUUUGCACUUAAAUUUUUCAGUUCAGUAGUCUAGAUGAGUUGUUACACAAAAUAGUUGGGAAUGUUGUUUAUAAAAUGAACACCAACAUUUUGCAUUUUAAGUGUUUGGCCGCUGAUUUCACUACAGAUACUUCAGAUGCUCCAAAAUAACUUCCAUCCAUGGGCACAAGUUUUAUUUCUUUCCUCAAUAUAUAUACUGUAAUAAUGCACUUUAAAUAUGGGCAAAAGAAUUACACUUCUUCAAAAAGAGCAGCAUAGAAAUGGAACUCGAAAGGAAAAAAUUACACAUUUACACAGUAGUACAGUGUGUGGGUAACCCAAAGCCUGAAAAAUGGAAUUUAGUUAACAAUUAAAUAUUUUUAUUCAUGACCUUUGUCACCUACAAAUCAUGCACUAAUAUGGUUCAUAAUGAGCACUGUAGAAGUGUUAUAAAAAAUUACUCUUCUCCACACCUUCCUAAUGAGGAAACAGACUCAGAGACGCUGACGUGCCCAUGGUCACCCAGCCUGGAAAGGAGAGUUCCUGGGAUGGGGGCCCUAGUUUUCUGAUGCCAGUGCCCUUGGCGUCCUCCCUCAUCUGUAGAAUAUGGACAGGAUGACCAAAGGAUGAGUCCUUGAGGGGCAUGAGAGCCAAGGCAGGACUGUGUUUUAGGAACAUGUGAGAGACGUUUUAGGGAAGUCUGUCAGCACUACAGUGGGAAAGAUGAAAGUCAGGAAGGAGCCCUGUGGCCAUACACAACUCAGACGAGGCCUGGGAAUGUGAGAAGUUGCCCUUGUGCUGCCGGUGCUGGUGCAGCAGCUGAGACGCUUGAACUGGUGGCUGCUCUAGGGCAGUGGUUCUCAGCAUGUCCUAGACCAGCGGCAGCGGCAUCACCUGGAGUUUGUUAGAAGUGCAAAGGUAGGAACUCAGUGGUGCCUUUGGAGCAUGUCACAGGAAACAUGGUGUUAGGAGAGAAAGGGUAGGGGUCACCUUUAGCUUGAGUGAUUAGGGAAGACUUCUCAGAGGAAGUGACAUUAAUUAAAACCAAGGCCUGUAGGUGGAGAAGGAACCAACUAGAUGGGUGAGAAAGAGCCUUCAGCAAGGCACCAGAAUGUGCAGAGGCUCAGAAGCUGGAAAGAGCUUGACUUGGUCAGGACCAUGGCUUGAGCUUAGAGCUUGAGCAGCGGCCAGGACGUGGGGUCUUAUAAACGUUGAUAGGGAGUUGGGAUAUGGUUCUAGGAGUAAUAGAAGGCAGUGUGUACGCAGGAGUGUGAAUUGACCUGGUUUUCAUUUUCACAAAAUUGCUCUGGCUGCUGGGUGAAGAGUGGUGGGUGGGAGGGAGACAGGAAGAGGAGAUGCCAGGAGAGGCGAGCAGGAGGAGAUAUCCUCCUUCCUCUAAGAAAGGAAAGGAGAUAAUGUAGACUCAGAUAUUUUCAGGUGAAGAGAAGGGGAAAUGGUGCUCACGUAGGAUGGGGCUAACUUUCUCAGGAGAUUUGGUGCCAGAGAAGGGAGAGGAGUUAGGAGUUGCCAGGCAGCAGUGAAUGUUGAGUCAGUGCUAGUAAUUUGUACUGGGCCAAGAUGGUAGGAUUUUCAACAUUAUAUUUACUGCCUGGGAGCAGGAAUGGGAGAAGUAGAAUAAUGGUGAUUCAGAAUUGGAGACUGCACUGGUGUGCUUGGGGAAGGGUUGACAGAAAAGUCAAAAGUUAAUAGGUUAUUUAGGGA